AUGGAAAUAUCGCCUGCUUAUAAAGUAAAAGAAGGAGGAAGAAAAUCAUUUUCUGGCAUGAUUGGUACAUUAACUGCACAACAGAAAAGAACUUGGAAUUACACUUCCGACUGUCCAGUUCGCGUAGGCGACGGAGUCGAAAUUUUUACUGCUGGCUCUAAAAUUGGCAACCGGGUGGGUUCUGCUAUAGCCUGUUACUACUUUGGAAAACUUAUCUAUGUCGAUUCUCAUCGACUAGACGACCACGCAACUGUGUUCCAAGCUGAGGCCUAUGCCUUCUUCAUGGCCCUGGAAUACAUUGACAAAAUGAACUCUUGGAGCAAAGCUUCAAUUUUUUCCGACUCCCUCUCGCUUCUCUCAGCCCUUGCUUCACCUAACCGCAAAAGCUGGAUUCUGAAGCAACUUGCUGACAAAAUCAAAACCGUCAAUACCCACCGUCGGCUCUCCUUCUUUUGGGUUAAAGCUCACAUCGGUGUGGUAGGCAAUGAAGAAGCUGAUAAGCAAGCCAAACUUGGCACAGACAAAAACACAAUCGACUCACCUGUUCCCAGAUCUCACAACACCAUGAAAGCAGAUAUCCGGCGAAACAUUAUCGCUGAAUGGCAAAAUGAAUGGGCGUCUAACGCCAAAGGUCCUCAGACCCAUAAAUAUAUUCCAACAGUCUCCACCAAAAGGAAAUCUUAUCAUCCCUUCAUAAUUCAAUUCCUCUCAGGUCAUGGUAGAUUUCCUCACUACUUUAAUAAAUUCGGCAUCGCCUACAAUCCACUCUGCGACUGUGGUGAAGUCGGUACCCCCGACCACUACGUAUUUGAGUGCAUUUACACUCAAUCCCUCAGAUUUAAACUCAAAAAUACUCAAACAAGAGAUCAACUAAUCCAAGAUCCUUCUAACCUACACAUAAUCCACCAAAUUGUCGGGUGGGUUAACGAUUUCAUUCCUAGGCUCUAA